AUGCAAGAAAUUUUGAGGAAUAACAAAAAAAUUGCAUUAGAGAAGUUGAUUGCACCAGAAAACUUACCACAUUUUCCAUUGAAAACGUACGAGGAAUUUGUUAAGUUUGAACACCUAGCAAAAGAGGACCCAAUAAUCAAUCAAUUUAUGGUACGGAGGUUGGCGGCCUUGGGUGGAUCAGGAAUUGAAGGGGUGACACGGAGGAUUAUGAAGUAUUUGAUGGCAAACCAGUUAGGAAUUCUGUUCAAUUGGAAAGGUCGCUACAACAAAAUAGGUUUUGAAAAGACCACAACCAUGGACAUUAUUCUAGAAGCGGCGAAGCUGAACUUUCCUGCUAACGAGAAAAAUGAUUUGCAAGUUGCGUGGGCUGUGAAAGAAUGGAUAAAACAUUCAGCAACACGACUAAAUCAAAAUAACAAGAAAAGAUAG